GAUAUACAUUCUUGCUCCCCUUUCACCUCGCCGCCGACCGUUGGCCUACGCGGAAGGCCGAUCUGCCAGCUGCUGGCUGCUGCAAGGCAGCGGCGUGGGGUACGGGGCGUAGGGGGCGGCGGCGGCGGCGGCGCGGCUUUCCCGGAACGGUGAUGGCGCGCGAGGGCGCCAGGAAUCGGGCACCGUUGUAGCGGACUCAGCGGCGGGCCUGCAGCGGCCUUAGCUCCGGUCGCGCGCGCCAUGGCCCCCAUGGGCAUCCGCCUGUCCCCGCUGGGGGUGGCCGUCUUUUUCCUGCUGGGGCUCGGGGUGCUCUACCACCUCUACUCGGGCUUCCUGGCCGGCCGCUUCAGCCUCUUCGGCCUGGGCAGCGAGCCGGCGGGCGGGGAGGCCGAGGUGGCGCCCGACGGGGGCACGGUGGACCUGCGCGAGAUGCUGGCGGUGGCCGUGCUGGCUGCGGAGCGCGGCGGCGACGAGGUGAGGCGGGUCCGCGAGAGCAAUGUCCUCCACGAGAAGUCCAAGGGGAAGACGCGCGAGGGCGCGGAGGAUAAGAUGACCAGCGGCGACGUGCUGUCCAACCGCAAGAUGUUUUACCUGCUCAAGACGGCCUUCCCCAACGUGCAGAUAAAUACCGAGGAACAUGUGGAUGCAUCUGACAAGGAGGUCAUUGUAUGGAACCGUAAGAUUCCUGAGGACAUCCUGAAGGAAGUAGCUACUCCUAAGGAGGUGCCAGCAGAAAGUGUGACCGUCUGGAUUGACCCACUGGAUGCCACACAGGAGUACACAGAGGAUCUUCGAAAGUAUGUCACUACCAUGGUGUGUGUAGCUGUGAAUGGCAAACCUGUCCUAGGAGUUAUUCAUAAGCCAUUUUCUGAAUAUACAGCCUGGGCAAUGGUAGAUGGUGGUUCAAAUGUGAAGGCCCGUUCUGCCUACAAUGAGAAGACCCCAAAGAUCAUUGUGUCUCGCUCUCAUGCAGGAAUGGUCAAACAGGUUACUCUUCAGACAUUUGGAAACCAGACUUCUAUUAUCCCGGCUGGUGGGGCUGGUUAUAAAGUCUUAGCACUUUUGGAUGUGCCUGAUAUGACUCAAGAAAAAGCAGAUGUAUAUAUUCAUGUGACAUACAUCAAAAAGUGGGAUAUAUGUGCUGGCAAUGCCAUCUUAAAAGCCCUCGGUGGGCAUAUGACCACUCUGAAUGGUGAAGAGAUCAGUUAUACUGGGUCUGACGGCAUUGAAGGAGGACUCCUUGCUAGCAUCAGAAUGAACCACCAAGCUCUGGUCAGAAAGAUUCCCGAGUUAGAAAAGUCAGGACAUUAGUAAGCAUUCCUGACCACGGGGUGCAGCUCUUCCAGACGUGAAUUGUUCGGCCUGAACUGUUGGAAGUGUUGAAGGACUGGUGGAGAUUAUGCAUGGUUAAGGCCGUCCUCAAGUACUUUGGAAGUACUUAUGAAGCAUCAGGACUUUCUUUCCCUGUAAUAGAAUACAAAAUCAGGGAAAUUAGAUUGCUUCAUUUCUCAAGUAUUGUCUUUAUUUUUGAGACUAUUUUCAUACAAUUGUCAUACACAAGGCACAUAUAUAUAUAUGUACAUAUAUAUAUAUUUGUGAAUUAAAAUCUAGAGCUGAGUCUACACUGUUAUGAGUCACCAUUUUCACACAACAAAUGAUGAGUCUGCACUGUUGAUACUUAUGUAUAGAAUUGGAUUUGAGGAAGAAAGGCUUCGUUUUAUGUAGUUUAUGUAGAGUUUAGUGUAACUUUAAGGUUGUAUGUUAUUAAAAAUAAAAACAUUGGUGAUUUUUACUCCCGAGAUGGAAAGCACAAGAAGUCUCAUAUCCGUUACCAUGCAGCAUGUGCUCUGUCCAUCUACCUUCCUAUGGAUGUACUAGAAAUGGCUUAAAUAGGUUAUUUUCUUUGAAAGUUUACUAACAGAUUCACCAGCUGAUAGAAAAUAGACAAAAGACUGAAUUAUAAUUGGAAUUGUCUGAGUGUUUGCUGCUGAUUUUCAUUUCCCCAUGGAAAGGGCUGUUGUUCAUCCUUUCUCCACUGACCAGGAUUUAGUCUUCACCAGAAAAGUUGGUUUUAAGUUUCAGUAUUAGUUCCACGAUUUGCUAUAUUUUCUCAUCAGAGAUGAAAUAUGCUGUAAGAUGAUAUAAGAAUACAAAUGAUUCUGUAGUAGUUGAAAGUUACUUGACAUACAGAUUGAAUAGUUUUAGCUAUUUUUCAGGAAUUAUGUUUUAGUUAAUUUUUGAAACCUUAUCAGGUUUAUCUCUAGACAUUCUCUUACCAAGAAUGAGAUUUUUUUCUUAGCUAUUAAUAGACUUAUUUAAAAUAACCAAAUUAUCAAAGGAAUAACUUUUGAUGCAAUUCUAGUUUUUUCAUUGAUAAAAAUUUUUUUCCACUCAGUUGACAAAAUGUGGUUAGAAAAAGAUAUGGUAGCAUUUGUCAUACUGCUAUAACUAAGAAUUUGUUUUCUGGGCUGUAUUUGUUAGUAUAAGUAGUUUUUCUUAAUAUGGUCUAGAAAAUUGUAAAUAAUCAAUCAUGUUUUUUUUUUCAUGUGGCUUUGAUGCCCUUGUAAACUUUAAUGAGGCAUUUCUCAGUUUUUUUUCUUUCUUAAAAAUGUAAGCCUAAAGAAAAUUUCUAUUUAUUUUCCUAUUUUAGAGCUAAAAUUGAGCAUCCUAGUCUGGUAUAUUGUGCAUACGUUAGGUUUGCAUGCCAUGGGGCCCAAAGCCUUUCACUCCUCAGCAGUGGACUGAAUCUUAAUACAGUACAAGAGCUUCCCCGUAUUUGACAACUGCUCACAAAUACACUAGGUUGGCCUUUGUGGGGUGAAAAUUCAAAGUUUUGGUAUUUGAAAACUUGGUAUUAAUUUAACAGGGCUUGUUAGUUUUUAAAACAGUUUCAGACAACUAAUCUAAUCACUAGACAAUACGACAAGACAGCUAAUCCUGCUUCUCUGGAAGCAGGCACUCUCACCAGAAUACCGUGUGCACUGUAAUAUGUCAAAGCAGAAAACGGAAUUUAAUUGGGUAUUUUUUAAUGUGCAGAAACUUUAUCAUUUAUUACAAGUAAAACUAGUUCAUAUUUUAUAAGCACAAUUGCUUUUGUUUUGAGUUUCAUUAGUAGUUAUCACUAAGAAUAAGAAUUUUGUGUGUUGGGCUCAAAAGUAAAGAUGCUGGCUGAGAGAUGAAAGUAGUUUUUAUAAUUUGUUCUUGUUGUCUAUUUACUAAUGAUUUUAUGUACUUUUAUAGACAGUUCAUUUUUUAAGAAAAUUUUGUUUGAGAGCCAGUAUACAUUGCAAGGAAAAUAGUAUUUAUUUAUAUGAGGUAUUACUGUACCAGAAUAUAUCUGCUGUGGAGUAUAUAAUAUCUCUCAGAAUUAAUAUUAAAUUGUUUAAUUUCUAAAACAUAACAAAACAAGUUUAUAUGUAGAAACUUGGCUGUUUUCCCUUAAUUUGAAGCAGAGGCAUCCACAGUGUCAACAGGUGACAUCAGCUGUCUCCUCCUCAGCCACACAUCGGUCCCCUAGCUGCCCCUGCCCCUUUUCCCUUUUCUGUUUGGGCUUUUUUUCUUAGCUAGUGUGCCACCUUGACCUAUGCUUAACCCAAAGUUCUUUCAUAAACUCGUUCUUCUUUAUAUCGGCCACUGAGCAGGUAAAAUUGAGACUUUGGUGAAGCUCACAGUGAAAGCGAUCAAUCCUGGAAGAGGUCUAGUUAGUUAACCUUUAUUUUCGAGGUUUCGUGAGAUGUAAAUAGAAUUACCUUGGGAAGCAUAAACAUUUCACGCUGUUAUAUGAUUCAGUACUAACAUUUUUACAAAGCACCUCUUCCUACCCAUCUCAAGAACAUAAGCCUGGAAUACAUGCUAGUGACUAUAUGCUAGUGACUUGGAUAGGUAAGCCACUUGACGAAACCUUGUUUUUUGUUGGUUUUCAUUCUUAACUCCCCAGCCUCCACUUCAGUUGAGUUUACAGGCUGUACAAAGCAGUCAUAGUCCUCGUUGUGGUUUACUCAGUUUUCCCAGUUUUAUGUUUUAUUUUUUUGUUUGUUUUACUAAAAUACUAAGUGAGGUAUUAGUGAUAAAUAACGAGCUGAUAAAAGCAUUGAGAUUUAUGUUUAUGUGGCAGUUAUGGGGCGUCUUUGUCCUGGGGCUUUUUUGGACUGUUGUUCAGAUAAUGUCAGAAGAGUAGGUAGGGCGAGGUGAGAAAGAGAUGGAAGAUGUGGACCCCGGGGCAGAGAGAGCAGUGAGGGUGAGAGGCCAUUGUUUACCCUGGUUCCUGUCCUUACCGUGGUCCUAGAUGCUAAGUUCAAAACUAGGAUGAUACUCUAGCUCUGGAGGUAGUGCUCUGGUAAUGCAGGCAGAAGUGCAAUUGAGUGCCAACCAUUUUAACUUUCUUGAUCAUAGUUGAUGACCUUCCUGGGACAACUUGGAAGGUUAAAGCAUGAACUAUCGGGAUUAUUCUAGCUGCAACUACCUAUGGUGGCUGUGUAUAUCACUGCUGUGUAGAAACAGUAGUAGUUUUUCAUUUUAUGCCCGAUUAAGAUAUUUUUAAUGAUAUACCUGCAAAGUGGCUGUGUUUUAAAACUGUGUGUAACAAAACAAAACAAAACUAAUCUUUGGGAGUUUUCCUUAAGAACAAAAAAAAAAAAGUUGUGCCUUAAAUAGGGCAUUGUAUGUUAAUAAAACAACUUUUUUUUUUAAAUAAGUGGGAAAAGUAGCUUUAUCCCAUUAAAUUUUAAGUUCUUCUAAUGUGUUUUAUAUCAGAGUUGGGGAAAGUCAUUAUAAUUAAAUAAAACUGAUGAAUUAUUUUUGCAUAAUGUAGCAUUUAUAGUUGAAGUACAUUUUUCUAAGAACUGGAUCAUGAUGUAUAUAAGUCUGAAAUGAUGUUUCAUCAUUUGGUUUUUAAUUAAAUGUAAGACCAGGAUAGAUUUCAUUUUACAAAUUUUACUUUUAAAUAAAUUAUUUCAGACAACUUCAUAUUUCUCAUUCUCUGGAGUAAUUUUGGUUAAAAAACAGCUUUUAGAGGUACGGUUUUGGUGGUUUCUUUGUUAAAUAAUACUGUGUGUUGUUGCAUAACAGAGUUCCUAAUGAGGGAAGGAUUCUAAUCUUGACCAGCCAUAGUUGUAGGGCUGCUUCACAGUACUGAAGUUCAGCAGCAACACGGUUCUAUGAGGUGCUGAUAUGCAUGUAAAUUGUUCUUUUUCACUACAUUAUCAAAGCCCAGCAGGUAUAUGUAUUCUGACUUAGCAUUGACAGGGUGUUUUUUGUUUUUUACUUUUUUUUUUUUCAGUUGGUCAGUAAAUUAAUUUAAUGGAAGAAAUUAGAUGUUUGCCUUUGAGAUAAUAGGACAAACUCUGAAGUUAAGGAUGAUGAAUAAUACUAAGACAACUGAUUAUGUAUUGUUUGUGGUCAUUUCCUAAAGUAUUAUAUAAUACGUCUUAUAAAGUGCAAAAGCAGGGGUUGUAAUGUUUUGUCAAUAUAUUUAAUUAAUAUUUUAAGGUUUAAAACAAGUGUCAUUCUGGAAAGAUUUGUUCCUCUAUUAAAAAAAAAAAAAAAAGAA